ACAUAUGUAAGCAGUCGCGCCCGCUCUUUGGCGUAUUCGUAGUAAAGUGCGACUAGUAAAAUGCAUAUAGUAACUAAAACUUUUAUUAGAAAUUUAAAUUUGUUUUUUAAUUGAUUUUUGUGCGCGGGAAAAUGAUCAAAGACAAUAGUGACGAGGCAGUGUUAAUGGAAAAUCCACUUUUGCCGGUGAAUGAAUCUUAUGAACUAACAUUAGCAUCUGAAAUAGUGUACACAGAGAAGAAACCAAGUCGCACUAAGUAUGACCCCCUGUACCCUGAGGUUGAGGAGGUGUUGGGCACCAGCCACGCGCCUCGGCCCUGUACACUGGUGUGGAGAGACCUCAGUGUGCAUAUCAAACAGAAAGAUGGACGCCUGAAACGACUCGUCAAUAAUGUGAGCGGCAUCGCCAAGCCUGGCACCUUAGUAGCUUUGAUGGGACCCAGUGGUGCUGGCAAAACGACUCUAAUGUCUACAUUAGCACAUAGAAGUCCAGUAGGUACAGUCACAGAAGGUGACAUCGCAAUGAACGGGAUGCCAGUAGGAGAUUUCAUGCACCAGGAGAGCGGGUACCUGCACCAGGACGACUUGUUCGUUGAUAACUUGACCGUCAUCGAACAUCUAACUAUAAUGGCCCGGCUGCGUAUGGAUCGCCGCGUUUCUUCCAUAAUGCGAAAAAGAAGAGUCAAUCAGCUUCUGAGACAGUUAGCCCUUUACGGUAGUAGGUUCACUAGAAUCGGGGGCCUGGAUGGACGAAAAACUCUUUCCGGAGGAGAAAGGAAAAGAUUAGCAUUCGCUACUGAGCUUUUGACUGAUCCCGGCCUAUUGUUUUGCGAUGAACCGACCACGGGUUUAGACUCGUCAUCAGCUCAAAAACUGAUGUCCCUACUUCGAGCCAGUGCUGCACAGGGUAAAACAGUGAUAUGCACAAUACACCAGCCAUCAUCUGAACUAAUGGCACUAUUUGACAAAUUAGUGUUACUAGCUGAAGGCAGAGUGGCGUUUGCUGGUGAUUUCUCCGGGGCUCUACACUUUUUCGAAAGUCUAGGUUACCAUUGUCCACUUACCUACAAUCCGACUGACUACUUUAUAAAGGUACUGGCCUUAACUCCUGGCUCAGAGACAGCCUCUCGUCAAGCCAUAAAAAGCAUUUGCGACCAAUUUGCUGUUAGUGAUGCUGCUAAAGAAUUAGAUAUGGAAAUACAUUUAGAGUUUCACCUUAUGGAUCAUGAAAAUGAGGAUACUAUUAGAACUACAUGGGAUAUAUUCAAGCCACUUUUUUUCAUAAAAAUCAUGUGGUUGGUGUACCGGUACUCGCUGAUCAUUAUCAGAGACCCACGAGUGCAAUUAAUACGGAUAUUGCAGAAACUGGCUAUAGCCCUAACAGCUGGACUGUGCUUUAUUGGCACUGCUCAUCUCACCCAAUCUGGUAUCCAGGACGUUCAAGGCGCUAUUUUCAUCAUCAUAGCUGAGAAUACAUUCAGCCCAAUGUACUCAGUACUACACAUGUUUCCAGAAGAAUUCCCACUGUUCAAUAGAGAGCUAAAGGCGGGACUGUACUCUACACCAAUGUACUAUAUAGCCAGGAUGAUCGCCUUGUUCCCUGGAUUAGUGAUGGAGCCGACGUUGUUCACGUUGGUGGUCUACUGGAUAGCUGGCUUGCGGAGUACAUUAUACGCGUUCAGUUUCACGGUCCUUUUAGCCAUAUUAGUGCUCAACGUUGCUAUCGCUUGCGGUUCAUUUUUCUCAUGUGCGUUCGGUUCGAUGCCGGUCGCUAUCGCGUACCUCGUGCCCUUCGAUUAUGCGCUCAUGAUGACAUCUGGACUCUUCGUUAGACUGAGUUCGAUACCUAAAUACGUUUCCUGGAUCCGUCACUUGUCAUGGUUGAUGUACUCCAACGAAGCUAUGAGCAUACUUCAAUGGGACGGCAUUAGUAAUAUAACGUGUGUGGCUAACACAAACGGCGCACCGUGCCUCAGUACCGGAAACGAUGUUCUAAACCGUUACGACUUCUCCCCGGAACACCUUUGGCUUGACGUCAUCGCGCUCUUCGUGUUAUACCUGGUCUUCCACCUACUGGCAUUGAUGGCACUCCGAUAUAGGACUCGGAGAAAAUAAGCUUAUAGAUAUAUCUGAAAAGCUUUACACCUAUUAGAUUAAUAACAACUAGAUGGAGUGUCUCCCUACAAAUUCUUAUACAAAAACAGUCAUUGUAAAGAUAUCUCAUUUUUUAUUUGUGUUAAUUAAUAUUUAAGUUGUAGAUGUUUAUCAGAAUAAAACCGUAUUUGAAAUUAUAAUGUUACUAAUAAUAAUUGCCUAUUUUAAAUAACCACCUGUCAUAUUGGCUAUAAGUGAAUAAUGACGUAACGACGUAAGAAUGUCAGGAUAUUAGCCCUUCGGAUGAUUUUAUCAGGAAUUAACCUUGAUAAUGUUUAGAGGAAACAGUGUGUGAGUGGCGUUAAUUUACUGAGUACAGAGGAAUAAAACCUGAGUCCUCAGGAAUGGCAACGCAUGGGGGGUAUCAUGGGCGAAACAGUAUACUCUGUUAUGCCAUGGUACUGCUCAUGUCUAUAGGCGACGGUUACCACUUUCCAUCAGAUGGGCCGUCAGCUUGUUUGCCAUUCUAAGUUGUAUAAAAAAUAAAAAAAAAAUAAAAGUGUAGAGGUUGAUCAGAUAUGGUAUAAAGCUAGCAAUGGACCACUAAUUUCCUAGCAGUUCCCUUUUACAAAUUAAUAAUCCCUAUCCUCUCCAGUCAUCCAAUAGUUGGCUGACUGUCCUUUCGGACCGCUUUUAUCAGUUGACGCUCCAUCUAGAUUCAGAUCGAAGUUUAUAUGUUAAUGUUAUGUUUACAUGGUGUCUAUAAAGUAUUAUAUUAUUGCUUGUAAAUACAAAGAUUGAAUAAACCUA